AACGGCUCCUAGGCGCCUAACAGACUGCGGCUCCCAUCGUUCCUUGCGCGGGACCCCGGGGCCGGGGCGGAGAGGGCAGCGCUGCGGCAGCGGCGAUCGAGGCGGGCGGACUAGAAGCUGAGGAGCCGCUGAGCCUCCCUCUCUCCCUCCCCAUCGUGUGGAGCCCUAGAGCGGCCGCGGCUCCCGGUGCCGGCCGCCAUCUUGUGCUGGUGGGAGCCCAGUGGGGCACCCGGCGCCCCGGCCACGAAGGUGGAGUGCGAGUGGGGCCGCCCCUCUCCUCCCAGCUGCCUGGACCCGCUUCCAUCGCCUCAGGGCCCUGUCGCGGCAGAGGACCCGCCUCGAGAGAGCGGCUUCCCCUCCGCCGCUACCCCCUGCUACAGGCCUGCCGCCGCUCCCGUCUAGAGCCAGCUACACCCCGAUCUGUAGGUGCUGCGAGCAGGAGCACCCUCCUCCUCCUCCAUACCCCCUUCACCCAUAGCCUGCGUCGGUCCUGCCGCCGCAACAGCAGCAAACGGGAGCAGCCCCACAGAGAGGGAAGCCGUGUCCACCCCAGCAGGACUUGCACUGCCCUAGAACUGAUGCCACCAUCCCCUAGAGGAGGCGGGUCCUCCUAACGGAGCCCUGCCCGGACUCCAAGGGCCAGGUCCUUGCCUCUCUACUCCACCCAGGCUGGAGAGACACUCCUUACCAGCCUAACCUAGGGAGGAGACAUUUCUUCCCGCCCCCACGCUUGUGCCUCUUCCCCUGAACUAGAAAAACAGUUCAGGUGCUGCUGCUAUCCCAGACCUUGAGGAGACGCCCACUGACUGAACUCUGCUGCUUUCUACCACCCACGAGCCCGACGCACCAGAUCAGGAGAUAAGAGACCCAGCCCUGACAAGCUGCUGACACUUCCCGCCCCAUCAGGAGAGAGAGAGAAAGAGACCCAUUCAGAGGUGCUGCUCCUGCUCCUCGCACCCACCGAUAUCAGGAGAGGAAGCUACACAGAGCUACUACAACUGCAAAGACAUGAAGAUCAAGGAUGCCAAGAAACCAUCUUUUCCAUGGUUUGGCAUGGACAUUGGGGGAACACUGGUGAAACUUGCAUAUUUUGAACCUAUUGAUAUCACUGCAGAAGAGGAGCAGGAGGAAGUUGAAAGCUUGAAGAGCAUCCGCAAAUAUUUGACUUCCAAUAUAGCCUAUGGAUCCACUGGCAUUCGAGAUGUCCACCUUGAACUGAAAGACUUGACGCUUUUUGGCCGAAGGGGAAACUUGCACUUUAUUCGAUUCCCAACUCAUGACUUGCCUACUUUUAUCCAAAUGGGAAGAAAUAAAAACUUUUCAACACUACACACGGUGCUUUGUGCCACUGGAGGUGGCGCUUAUAAGUUUGAAGAAGAUUUUCGCACAAUUGGAAACCUUCAGUUGCACAAACUGGAUGAGCUUGACUGUCUUGUCAAAGGCCUGUUGUAUAUAGACUCUGUCAGUUUCAAUGGCCAGGCAGAGUGCUAUUACUUUGAAAAUGCCUCAGAACCUGAAAGAUGCCAAAAGAUGCCUUUUAACCUGGAUGACCCGUACCCAUUAUUGGUUGUAAACAUUGGUUCAGGAGUCAGUAUUUUAGCAGUCCAUUCAAAAGACAGCUAUAAGAGAGUGACUGGAACAAGUUUAGGUGGAGGGACAUUUCUCGGUUUAUGCAGUUUAUUGACUGGUUGUGAAAGUUUUGAAGAAGCUCUUGAAAUGGCAUCCAAAGGGGACAGUACACAUGCUGAUAAGCUUGUCCGGGACAUUUAUGGAGGGGACUAUGAACGUUUUGCCUUGCCAGGAUGGGCAGUAGCCUCUAGUUUUGGGAAUAUGAUCUACAAAGAGAAGAGAGAAUCUGUUAGUAAAGAAGACCUGGCUAGAGCUACACUGGUCACGAUCACCAAUAAUAUUGGGUCUAUAGCACGGAUGUGUGCGGUAAAUGAGAAAAUAAACAGAGUUGUCUUUGUUGGUAACUUUUUGCGUGUGAACACUUUGUCAAUGAAGCUUCUUGCAUAUGCACUGGAUUACUGGUCAAAAGGCCAGCUGAAGGCCUUGUUCCUAGAACAUGAGGGAUACUUUGGUGCUGUUGGUGCUCUUCUUGGCUUGCCGAAUUUCAGCUGAAAUUCCAGAUGCCACUACACUGAAUUGUUUUCCACUUGGUUGGCAUUACUACUACAUUGUUUAAGUCAACGGGAACCAAAGGAAAAAAAGCAGCAGUUUUGCUGCAGUUGUUUUUAAAUUUAAGUGGUAAACUGCUGGAUGUUACCAUAUUAAGGAAGUGGGAUCUUGCUGUGUAAGGCAUUUUUAAGUGAAAUACCUGUGGGUUUUGCCUUAUGAUCUCCAGUGCUUGUAGCCAGUUUUGAACUUCUAAUAUGCAAUACAUCCUCUGAAAAACAAGCUUCCAAAAGAGAAUUCCAGCCCUUUUAGGUGUCCAUCAUUUACAAUAGUGUGGACUUAAACAUGAAGCUUUAGUGCUAAGCAAAUAUCUUUUGUAGAUAAUCUGGUGAAAGUGGUUUAUUUUGAUGUUUGGUUUUUUGUCUCACUACUGCAUUGUACUAAGAGCAGAAUUGUAUGUUUAAGACAAUUGACCUGAAAACACCAAAGUGCCAUCAACAGAAAGCAAAGCUAUGUAGUGUAGAAGAUCAUUUCUCGGUAUGACAGCAUAAAGUGUUACAACACUUAAUAUGUUCCAGUAAUUGCAGAAUUUUAAUGUCUCAUGGGAAAAUAUCUAAUUUAGUUUUUUAGCAAAUAUAUUAAGUGAAAAUACAGUACUGCAUUUCCACAUAUCUGUACUCUUGUGAAGCUUUACAUUUGUUCAGUUCAUUUAUUGAAAGGUAGAUAUGGUAUUUUGGGAAGAUCCCUUUGGAUUAGGUUCAUGAUUCAAUGAACAGCAAGCCUUUAGAAAAGGCAUCUGACAUCCAAAAUUCCAUGACCUUACAUUCUAAAUCACAAAAUUUUGAUUUCAUUCUCCUCUACUUGUGAAAGUCACCACAAAACUUGCAGAGUAUAUCUACCCAAAAGAGGCCUGGGACUAAAAUUAUUACAGCUUGUAAUUCUGUUGCUUUGGCAUAUCUUUUUGAGGAAGCUUGUACAAAUUCUAUCCCUGCUCUACCGAUCUGAAAACAUUUAGUCCUUCAUUUCAUUAAUCUUAAACAAGAUAUUUCACUUCUAAUAGUCUCAAAUCUAGGUGGAUGAUUUUAAUUAUCUUGUUUUGAAUUGGAAGUUUGUUUUUGUAGCUCCAGAGUUUGUAUUGCAGAGUCAAAAGGACCAGUGUUUAGUAUACUUUGUUAAACAAUUCCCAUUAUUGCAAACUGUGGCCUUGGGAUAAACUCCAUAUUCUGAGACUAGCCUUUGUUUUGUCUACAUACUGUGUUCUCAGACUAUUUUAAAUUUUACAAUAAUUGUUUUACUGUGAGAAGUGUUGCUGCUGCCAGGAGAUAAAGGCUUUAGACUAGAAAGACCAUGUCAGAAGUCAAGCCAGCUAUGUAUGUCAGUGUAUAUAUAUAUAUAUAUUUUUUUUUAGUGUACCUCUGAAGAAAUACCCAAUUUUGCAGUAAGUAAAUUAAUGUUAAGUAUUUCCUAUAUAUGCAUAAAAAGCUAUAUCUGACUAGAACUCAUUGAUAUGUUGGAAUUAAACAUGUUUUUUAAAUGGAUAUGACUCUAAAUCAAGUAAAUGAGUAAAUAUUCCAGAACAUUGCUAUGUUGCAUUACAGCAGCAUCUGAACUUCUUAGCCACAUUACCUUUCCACAUAAUGUGCAUAAAGGGGACUGAAAAUAGUAAGUAAAAAAUUACUCUUUCUGGAGUUUGGGGUAUUUUGUUUUUGUUUUAGUUGAAUUCCAUAAAAUUUCCUAAGGCCAGAAGUGCAGUGACUCUUAUAGGGGUGAGAAGGAGGCCAUUUCAUUCAACCCAGUGCAAUGUCAACUUUGAAUAUAGUUUGUCAUUGCUGCUGAGUACCUAAGCUAAAUUUCCAUUGUUAAGACUUUUCAAUUGAGGCUUCAGUCUGGAAAGAAAUAGAAUAAUUUCUAGAACUAUGCUUAUCAUUGAGCGAAGGCAGCAUCAGUCUACGAAGCAAGUUGGUACAGCUUGGGUAAAGUGUGUCUUUAUGAAAGUUGCGAGAAGUUUUACCAUGACUGAGUGUAAAAUCUAGUAGCUUAGUUAGUUUUCGUUAACAGCCAGUAGUAGGAAGAAGUAAUUUAACUUGUUUCUUCUAUGAACUUUAGAUUAUUUGAAGACUUAUUUUUCUGCAGGUUGUAUUAGCCUUAUACAAAGUUUCACACCCCAGAUGCUUGCCUUUCCCAAGGGAUGGAGACAUAAUACUUCAGCAUCAUGUCAUGCUGUUUGGCAAGAAUCACUUUAGCUAGUCUAUAUCCGUUGUCAUAGAUUACUUCUUCCAUACACAUCCUGUACUACUGGAGCAUAAACUGAGAGUUGCUUUUGAAGCAAUAUUUAGUAGAUUGUAUAUUUUGACCUGAAGAUAUCGAAAGUAAGUUUAGCUAAAAUAUUAUUUUUCCAGUUCUGUAGCAAGGCAGUCUGAGACAGAUGACCUUCGUAAAUUCAAGAAAUAUUAAUUUGAUGUAGCCUAUGAUACAUUUUUUAAGUUAACAUGGACACCGGAAUAAAUUCAUAAGGAAUUCUUGAAUAGCGGUAUUGCGUAUGCUAUUAGUAUUGCUCAUGAGAAAUAAGAUGCAUGUCCUACCUUUAUAUAUUUCUUUCCUUCAACUUUGGAAAAAGUCUGGCUGGCCUUUUUUAGUUCCUUCUGCAUAAUUCGGUUGUUGUUUCUUCUUACCCCCCACCAUUCUCCCAGAGACUACCAGCAAAGCUUUCUAGCCCUCCUAAAAGUGCACCCCUUGAGAUCCAUCCUAACAGAGGGUUAUUGGUCUUUUUGCUGGAGAGUGUUCAGGCACAAUUGCUGAGAUUUAUUUGGUUAUUUUUUCCAAAAACGUACAAAUACACCUUUUUGUCAUCCAAGAGUUUCCAAAGAUUGAUUGUACCUUUAGAGGGGUCACUAAGCAUUGUAAAUACAAAUGAAAGGAGCUUUAAAUUUCUUCAUCUAGACCUUCGUAUGCAGACCAAAAGAACCUUGCCAGGACUCCCUUUAGAGUGAAUUGCUGAAGUAGAUUCAUUUCUGUCUUAUCUUCAAUGCUUUUACCUUCACAUUUGGCAUUCCUUUGUUUCAAUGCUACUUGGAGUUUUCUUACAGUAAAGGAACUCAAACAAGCGGUCACAUGCUAUAGCAGAGGAAGUGCAACAACUUUCUUUGCAAGCUUGUGGAUCCUCAUGGCUACUGCUGACUUCUCAAAGAGGGAACCACUUUCUUCAAGUAGAGGUUUUCCCCUUGAAAGAAAAAGGCAAAGCUCAUUCUCAAUGUAGUGGGUCUCAGAUCAAGCAGCCAGACGAGUGCCUUCAGUUUCUCAUGUGAUGCCAGUGAUGUUAGUUUUGCUUGCACUGCAACUUCAUGUUUGAGCAUUCUUGGUACCAGUAAUACGUCACCCCAGACUGUUUACUGUAGAUGUGGACAAUAAUUGUAUCAGCAUUUUAGAUGAUCCGCUAGACCAGUCAAGAAGACAGUAUGAGCUUUCUGGCCUCCCAUCUUCAUGGCAAGCUAGUCUACUUUUGUUGGAGUAGUUUUGCCUACCAGUUUGUCUCCCCUCCGUCCCAUUGGAUUUGUCCAUGCAUUAUGUCAGAAUGUUUAGCAUGUCGUUGUGUCUCUGCAAUGAUGCUUGUUUUUUGUUCCACAAGUACAGGCUGUUUCUGGAUGCUUCAUUUUUAUAUGAAGAUAUGGACUGGUUGGUAUGGCUAACAAACCUCUAACCAUUCUCCAACACCUUUCUAGUUGGGCUUAAGGUAACUGCACUUUAAGGAACUCCUUUUUGCUACGUAUUUUGGACCUUUAAAUUUAAGACCAAAUCUAGAAUACUGGCAUUACGUUUUUCUGUUAAGUCUUUUUUUUAGUGAAUCUAAUAAUAUUGCCACUUGUAUAAACAACUUUUCUAUAAAGCAUCAUUCCAUUUAGAAUCUGGGAAUGUAAAGACUCUGAACAGAUCAGUUUUUCCGUUUUUUUUGUCAUUAAGUUUUGCUUGCAGUGACAUACAUCCAGCAACAAAGCGCUUAUGAAGCAUCAAUACCACAUGCAGUGCUAUUUAAAUUUUUGGUAUUAAGAGAGUUGGAAGUCAGGCUGUGUUACCCAUUUUCAAUCUCUAAGGGAUACUUAAGAAAUGCUUAACAAUUCUGGUUCUUCAACUAAUACUUAGUUGUAUUGAGAAGUUCUAUUCCUAUUGCAUUCAGGUGGUUGGUAGUAUACGUCUUGUAUAUACAUGUAAGGUAUUCCUUGCCUUUUUAAUGUGAGGAGAAUAAACAGCCUUUGUUAUAUUACAAUUUUUUAUAUUCUACCUGAACCAGUGUAGAUAUUUAAUAAAGCACCACAUUUUUUGGGAGUUUUUUUUUAAGAAGCUGGCCCAUUCUAAAUAACUGUGGCAAUAACUUGUAUUUCCUAAUGUUUUAGGAUAGCUGUGGGAGUUAAACAUUUGAAAGUAUUUCAAGGUACUUGCACUUAGAGCAAAGUUGUGCUCUUUAAAGACUAAUCAGUGUCUUAUUAUGUUUAUUCAUCAUAUAAUCUUUCAUGCCUUUACUGUUUUGUAAAUAUCUAAUUCAUUAUAAAACCUCUGUAAAUGAAUUGUUGGUAUCCUAAGGAGACAGAUUAGUUUAGUUCAUAACAGAAUUGGAGACAAGAUGGUCUUGUUACUGAUUACUUCAAGCAAAACAAGUAUUGAGGUUGAACCAGUGCAGCUAAAUAGGUGUUAACCCACUUUCUCCUGCAUCUAAUUUAAUGUGCAGUCAAGCUGGCUAUUUCUUAUGUUCAUGUUCUCCUUAUGAAACAGAUAUUUCUCUGUCUUUCCCACAUACGGGUAUUUAGAAAACCUGCAAUGUGUACAGUUGUUGGGUUUUGUUUGGAUUAAGGAAUUUAAACAAUAUUGAGGAUCAUACUAAGUAUUACCUAGCUGUGUCUUUUACAGUAAUAGGUCGACAAGCACAUUUUAUAAAUACAGUUGAAAUUAAAUUUUGAUAAAAUUCUUCCCCUUCAGGCUAAAGCAGUGUGGCACAGGUAAUUUUCAGCUCAUUAAGAAUAGAGUUGGUGGGUUAAUUGUCUGCAAAAACUUAAUCAAGCUUAUGGAAGUUUGUGUUUGAUAUGGAGCUGAAUGGGGGAGGGGGGGGAGGGCGCUAAGAUGCCUUCUCACAGCACAGAGCGAUAAUUUCCCCACUUAUAGUCCACAAAAUGCUGAAGUGCAUAUUACUAAACCUUCUUGAUCAGUUGUAUCUGUCUUUUCUUGUUAAUAUAUUCCAAAUAUUGUUACCAGUAUUCUAAAAUUUAAUACCUUUAAAGAAGACUUGAAGACAAAGAACAUAAAGUCUGCAAACAAGUCUGUUUUCCAAGAUGUUUACCUGCUUAGAUCUCUGACAUGUAUCACUGUAUUAUUGUAACACUGACUGCCAAAUCCUGCUUGUCUUAGUUACUAAGUAGUCUGUUGGUUUAAAUGGGAACUACUCUUAGCAGUAAUGAAACAUUUGGCCCCAAGAUUCUUUUAAAAAAGCCAUUCAAAUGGGGAAAACUGUAGUGCUACUUUGCAUAUUGCUGCUGGUGCUAAAUCAAUUGAAAAAUUUAGAAUCAAAAUAAGUUGUAAAUAGAAUUAAUAUUUAUGGCCUGGUCCUUUUGACAGACUUGAAAUGUGUCAAGUUGCAAAGAUUUCUCAUGGCCUUAUGUUGAGCUUCCUUUUUUAUAUAUUUGGAUUGAAAUGCAUUAAAGUCAAGACAUUCAUGGAGCUGGCUUUCUGUGCUGCUUUCUGUAAAGCAGAUUACAUUCAAUUUGUGCAUUUUAUGACAUGGAUCACUUUCCAUUACUAGAAUUUCAGUUUUAAAACUAGCUUUAGCUGUUAAUCUUAUACUUUCCCAUGCUUUGUCAUUGUAGCUGUUUAGAGUAGACAAAGUUUUUUAGUACCAACUACUGUGGGCUCACUGUGUGUCCUUCUGUGUUAGCACUUCAAAAAGUACAGCCAUUACUGUAAGUAUUUACCAUUUUUGUUGAAAAUUGUGAAUAUUUAAAGUUAAUUUUAAAGGUGUAACUUGUUAAGUAGUCCUAUCCAUAAAAUAAACUGAAAUAGGGUUUCUGAAUUGUUAAUCUGGAGCAAUAACAGUUUUAAUCUGUUCAAAUUUCACUAUUCCUUCAGCAUGGAUGUUUGACCUUUGUAAAUACAAAGUCUUUAAGCAGUUACAUUGGUUUCAGAUUGAACAUUACAAAAGACUUGUUUUAAACAGAUUUUUGUAGGGAAUGAGGAUGUUUGGGGGAAAAAAAUUAAAUUUGCAGUACCAAGAACCUGAACAUUUGUGUUACUUUGGUGUUCAGAUUGAGAUGGGACAUACGCAAAAAGUUGUCUCUUGUAUUUUGAUAGUCAGCACCAUCUGUUUUUACAUUUGUCAUUUUAACCAUAUAUAUUUUAUCUCUUAAUUGCUAGGCAAUUUUCUUACCAUGUGUAGGCCUUCUAGUGACCAAAUCGUACAUUCAGAGUUCUUUUAGUUCCUUAGCAAAAGGGAUAGCAAAUCCAUAAACUCCAAACCCGUGUGAGGAGGAUGUUCUCCAUAAGAGCCAUUUCAGUUAAGUUGCCUUAUUCUAUUGUAUUGUACUUGUGUUAUGUCUGAGUUUAUUUGUUUACUGUUCUGACACUGAAGAUAUGAUGUAAAAAGUACAACGUGCUGCAAAUUUGUAUUAACUUUAUUAAAUUAUACCUUUAUGUAAACUGUAGUACAUCUCUUGUAAAUUGUUUAAUUUAUUUUUUCAUUUUAUAGCUGCUCAUUAUUGAAUGUACAGAAUAGAUUUAAUGUAAUUAAGUAUUUUCAUUGUGGCCAAAUUGAUUGUGCCUACAAUGUAAUCAUCCCCAUCAAAACUGUAUAUAACUCUUUUACUGCUUGCUUGCAUAAAUGAGGUUUGGAUUUAAUUUACUUGUUUGUACUGUAUUGCCAUAAGCCAACUUUAAUAUAAUGGACCUACUUUUUUGUAGUUUAUUUUUCUGGUUUUGUUACUGUUCAGUAUGAAUGUUGAAACAGAACUGUCUUACUUUUCCUAAUAAAUAACUCCAGAUUGUUCAA